CUGCCCGCGGCGCGGGGCAGCUCGGGCACGGCCUUGCCGGCGGCGAGGCCGCGGUGAGCUGGGGCCCGGGGCGCGGCGGCCGGCGGAGGGAUGGCCCUGGUGCCCUACGAGGAGGGAGGCGGCUGGGCAGCGCGGCAGCUGCACAGCCCUUCGGCCACCUUCCACUUCGCCAGCCGCACCAUCCACCUCCAGCAGGACUGGCGGCGGCUGGGGGUGGCGGCCGUGGUCUGGGACGCGGCUGUUGUCCUGUGUGCUUAUCUGGAGAUGGAAGGCAUUGAUCUGAAGGAUCGGUCUGUGAUCGAGCUGGGAGCUGGAACAGGAUUGCUGGGAAUAGUGGUCACGUUACUUGGUGCCCGUGUUACCAUCACAGACAGGGCGGCAGCACUGGAGUUCCUGGAGUCAAAUGUGCAGGCGAACUUACCCCCUGAACUACGUCCCAGAGCGGUGGUGAAGGAGCUGACGUGGGGAAAAGACCUGGAUAAUUUCCCUCCAGGAGCAUUUGACUUUGUCCUGGGUGCAGACAUCGUUUAUCUGGAAGAAACAUUUGCAGAACUGCUUCAGACGCUGGAGCACCUGUGCUCAGAGCAAACAGUGAUUCUUCUUUCCUGUCGUAUCCGCUAUGAGCGGGAUCUCAAAUUCUUGAAGAUGCUGAGAGAGCGUUUCUCUGUAUCUGAGGUCCAUUAUGAUUCCAGUAAGGAUGUUCAUAUCUACAAAGCACAGAGGGGUAGUCGCAAGGAUGACUUUUGACUCUCUGCUUUGUUAAUAAUGAGCCACUGAUGCUGUUCAAUUCCCGCCUUUGUUUCUACUCAAUACACUUGUUCCUAAGCAUGAA